CAAUCAUCUACAGCUUGCUCUCGCUAAGUUCUUCUCAAUGGCUCUUUUCAUGCUUUCUUCAACCUCUAUUCUAAGUUAUAGCUUACUGCCACCUAGAAAGGAUUUUUGGAUGGGAAAAUCCAUUAGUGGCAAGCCUGCUCAUCCGGUACAAUGCGUGGUUGUCAAUAGACCUUCUUAUGAAACCACUGUACGGCGAACUGCAAAUUACCAAGCUCCCAUUUGGGACUACGACUAUGUCCAGUCACUAAGAAGUGAUUAUACGGGAGAAACAUGCAUAGGAAGACUCGAUCAACUAAAGAGGGAGGUGAAAAUGAUGCUGGGAAAGGUGGAGAAGCCUUUGGAUCAACUUGAGCUGAUCGAUCUCUUGCAAAGACUUGGAAUAUCUUACCAGUUCGAAGAUGAAAUCAAGAGACUGUUGAACAGCAUAUACUGCAAUCAUAACAUUGAUGACAAGUGGAAGAAGGAGAAUUUGCAUGCCACAGCUCUUGAAUUUAGAAUUCUAAGACAAAAUGGGUAUAGCAUUCCUCAAGAUGUUUUUAGUAGUUUCAAGGAUGAGAUAGGGGACUUUAAGGCAUGCUUUUCUGAAGAUAUUCAGGGAAUUCUGUGUUUGUAUGAAGCUUCCUACCUUUCCAUAGAAGGUGAAAGUAUCUUGGAAGAAGCUAGGGAUUUCACAAAAAAACAUCUUGAAGGAUGUCUGCGGCAAAAUAUAGAUGAAAAUCUUGCCAUACUAGUGAGCCAUGCUUUGGAGCUUCCACUGCAUUGGAGAAUGCUAAGGUUAGAGGCAAGGUGGUUCAUAGAUGCAUAUGAGAGAUCACAGGACAUGAACCCUAUCUUGCUUGAGUUUGCAAAAUUAGAUUACAAUAUGGUGCAAGCAAAGCACCAAGAGGAUCUGAAGUAUGCGUCCAGGUGGUGGAGAAGCACACGUCUUGGAGAAAAGCUGAGCUUUGCGAGGGACAGGUUGAUGGAGAAUUUCUUGUGGACCGUGGGGGUGAUAUUUGAGCCUCAGUUUGGAUAUUGUAGGAGAAUGUUGACGAAAGUAAAUGCAAUGAUAACAACAAUAGAUGAUGUUUAUGAUGUUUAUGGAACAUUGGAGGAACUUGAACUCUUUACAGAUGCUGUUGACAGAUGGGAUAUCAAUGCAAUGGAUCAACUUCCAGAAUAUAUGAAGAUAUGUUUCCUUGCUCUCUACAACUCGACCAAUGAAAUGGCUUAUGACCUUCUUAAGGAUCAAGGUUCCCACAUCAUCGCAUAUCUUAGAAAAGCGUGGGCAGAUUUAUGUAAGUCUUACUUACUGGAGGCAAAGUGGUACCACGCCCGAUAUACACCAACCCUGCAAGAGUACCUUAGUAAUGCAUGGAUUUCAAUAUCAGCACCAGCAAUACUAGUUCAUGCGUUCUUUUUUGUUACAAAUCCAAUAACCGAGGACGCUUUGGAAUGCUUGGAGCAAUAUUGCAAUAUAAUCCGCUGGUCAUCGAUUAUUUUACGCCUUUCAGAUGAUCUUGGAACUUCAUCGGAUGAACUAAAACGAGGAGAUGUUCCUAAAUCCAUACAAUGUUACAUGCAUGAAACUGGUGCUUGUGAAGAAGACGCUCGAGAACACAUAAAAUGCUUGAUUGGGGAGACAUGGAAGAAGAUGAAUGAAGAUCGAGUUAUGGAAUCUCCCUUCUCCCAGACUUUUAUCGGAAUUGCAAUAAACCUCGCUAGGAUGGCCCAAUGCAUGUACCAGUAUGGAGAUGGGCAUGGUGUUCAAGAUCGAGAAACCAAGGAUCGUGUAUUAUCGUUACUAAUUGAGCCCAUUCCCCUGGCCUAGAAAGUUGUCAAAGAUUUCUGGUUUGAUAGUUGCUUUUAUUCAAUUGUAUCAGAUGGUUAGGUCCUAACCGUGGCAAAUAUAAAAUUAUACCAAAAGAGCAAAAUAAAAAAGGAACUGAAUCAUCAUUUCCUAGCUUUUUCUUAAUCAUCUAAAGUGACUGAUUUGUUCUAGUCAGUCAUUUGUUUCA